AUGGCGACAAAGGAAGAUACAAUGGAGAAGGAGCCCCCUAUGGAGGCAUUCAAGCUCCUACCGAACAACACAAAUCCAAACUGGAUCAAAGAUAGGGGACUCCGUAAAUUGAAUUUGGGUAUUGUGUUCAUGUUCUGCACUUCUUCUUCGGCUGGAUACAUUGGAAGUCUUGUGAAUAGCUUGCUUGUGCUACCUGAGUUUGGUGCCAUCAUUGGCGGACUAGAUCCCAAUAUUGUUGGCCUGAUCAUUGCUGCCACCUCUCUAGGGGCGUUGGUCUCUUUUGCACCAGCCUCUUAUAUUGCGGAUACGUUCGGACGCAAGACGUGUGUUUGUAUUGGAUCUAGCAUUGCGAUCGUGGCAGCGAUCAUUCAAACCGCAAUCAAAAACCACUGGGCCUUUUUUGGCACGAGAGUCUUGUCGGGUAUAGGGAUGGGAAUUAUGCAGACUGCAGCUCCUCUUCUGGCAACUGAGAUCGCACACCCUCGGCAGCGACAGACGGCCACAUCGCUCUACAAUGCCUUCUGGGGUUUGGGCGCCAUUAGCGCGGCAACGGUUACAUAUGCAACUAUAGGCAUAGCCAACAGUUGGUCGUGGAGAAUUCCUUGUCUACUACAGAUAUCAUAUCCGUUGUUCCAGAUCCUAGGGCUGAUCAUGUUUGUACCCGAAAGCCCGAGGUGGCUUGUAUCCAAAGGCAGGACAGAAGAAGCCCUGGCUAUCCUGGAGAAGUACCAUGCGAAUGGAGACACAGACGAUGAGCUGGUCCAGUAUGAAUACCGUUUGAUAUGCAGCACGAUCACAGCCGAGAUCAACAGUACCAGGAAUUGGAGCUCCUUCUUCUCGUCAAAAGGCGAUAUGCACCGAUUGGCCAUCUGUGUAUUGGUUGGGCUCAUGCAAGAAUGGGCUGGAAAUGGAAUCCUGUCCUACUACCUCGCGCCGAUUCUGGAAUCAGUGGGAAUCACCAAGGCAGCCGACCAAGCAGCUGUUAAUGUCAGCCUCAAUGUCUGGAACUUCCUCCUUGCGGCAGCCGGUGCACUUGCAUCGGAGCGAUACGGCCGCCGUAUUCUAUGGCUUAUUUCCACGUGGGGCAUGAUCGUAUUCCUGUCCAUGUCCACACUGGCCGCUGGACUCUUUGCCGAAAGGCAUCUUCCUGCUGCUGGAAUAGCAGUAGUCCCGCUCCUAUUUCUCUUUUUUGGUGCAUACGACAUCGCUUAUGCGCCUUUGUUCAUCUCGUAUCCAGCUGAGAUCCUGCCCUUCCAACUGCGUGCCAAGGGCAUUGCUGUCACCCUUUCAGUGGAUGCUGUGGCGUGCUUUUUCAACCAAUAUGUUAACCCGGUGGCGUUUACGGCGAUUGCAUGGAAGUACUACUGUGUCUUUCUUGGCUGUUUGGUAGUAUUUUUGGGUCUUAUAUAUUUACUCUUCCCUGAGACAAAAGGGCGGUCUUUGGAAGAGGUUGCUAUGAUUUUCGACAAGGAAAACGAAUUGGAGAGUGAUAGGAAAAAGAAGACAGAGACAAGAUAG